GGUCAGCAGAACACCUGGAUUUCUUGCACAUAGAAAGGGAGCCUGAAAAAACCCCUCAGCUUUCUUCUACAAUGAAGACCUGGUUCCUACUUGUGCUGGCAGGUGUGGCCUGCAUCUUGGUAGCUGAAGCUUCAGCCAGUGAUGACAAUGAGGAUGAUCAUGGCGAUGAUGGUGAUGAGACUGAUCAAUAUGAAAGUGAUGAGGAGGAUGAGGGUGAGGAUGAGGAGGAUGGUGACGACGACAACAGUGACAGUGAUGAUGUAGACGAUGAUAGCGAUGAUGAUGAUGGUGAUGAUGAUGAUAGCGACGAUGAUGGCGCUGAUGAUGAUGCAGAUGAUGAUGAUUCUAAGGGGGAAACAGGGAAAAACAGCAGAGAUGAUCAUGUGUCCGGUUUACUGGGUGACACAACGGAUCUCCUAUGAGAACUUGCCUGUACUGCAGAGGUAAAAAAAAAACUUUCAGUACUGCAGAACUUCCAUGAUAACAUCACAUGCUA